CGGGCGCCGACCAUAUCUCGACCAGAUCCGCCUGCAUUUGAAAAGGAGGGUUUCAGAGGACACAGCCAUGGGGCGGCCACGCAAAGAGAGCAAUGCGUCGAGCAGGAGUGGUGAGCCGCCGACACAAGAGCUCGGUAGCAUGUACGACUACCUCGCCAAAGUCAUAUUACUAGGUCCCAGCGGCGCCGGAAAAUCCUGCCUGCUGCACCGGUUCGUAAAGAACGAAUGGAAAGUGCUCUCCUCACAAACCAUCGGCGUAGAAUUCGCCUCCAAGAUCGUCCACAUCCACCCGCGCGACGACCCCGCGCGCGGCUCGCGCAAGCGCAUAAAGCUGCAGCUCUGGGACACCGCGGGCACAGAGCGCUUCCGCUCCGUCAGCCGGUCGUACUACCGCGGCGCGGCCGGCGCCAUCCUCGUCUACGACGUCGCCAACUGGCGCAGCUUCGAGCAGCUACGCACGUUUCUGGACGAUGCGCGCGCGCUGGCGAGCCCGAACCUGACCGUCAUACUGGCGGGGAAUAAAACGGAUGUCGCAGAGACGCCAGGGAGCGCUGGCACAUACGGAAGCUACAACUCCAGCGACGGCAGCGUGAACGAAGGCCGCGCGCCAGGAACGCCGUCCUCGCAAUCCAGCCGGCACAGUGCCUCGCUGGGCCUCAGCGCCAAAGCCACUGUCGCGCCCGAGGGCCGCGAAGUGCCCUUCGACACGGCGUCGCGCUGGGCGGGGCAGAACGGGAUCCCCGUCGCGGUCGAGGCGUCGGCGCUGAGCGGCGACAACGUCGAGGAGCUGUUCAGCCGGCUCGCGCGCAUGAUACUGACGAAGAUCGAGCUGGGCGAGAUCGACCCGGACGAUCCGAACAGCGGGAUACAGUACGGGGAUAUCGGCGGGUGGGGCGGGGGCGUGGAUGAUGGGAGUGUGAAGAGCGGGGUGGAUGGGGUGAGGCAUCGGCGGAGGGGGCGGAGGGGCGCGGGGACGCAGUUGCGGGAGUGGGAGGAGGUGUUUAGGAUAAGGGGGUCGAGGGGGAGGGGGUGUUGUUGA